UUAAGACAAAAAACUAGCGGCCGCUACGUCUACUCUUCAAACCUCCCUCAGUUAAAUGAACUCUAGCGAGAGAUUAAACAUUGAUAACUUAUCGUUGCAUUAGUUUUAAGCGCGCCAAAAAUAGUCUGUGUCUCAUAUUGAAGUAGUCCAUCUCAAUACUUGCCGAAACUUCGGAAUAUUGACUGAAAACUGUUCAUAAAAGCUAUAUUGUGAUGUGUUGUGUUCUUGCCAGUAUUAAAUAGUCUUGAUAUAUAUUUUUUACGAGAUAUUUGAGAAAUGCUGUGAUAAGAAACAUUGCGAAAAUAGUGGGUUCGUUAGUAUGAAAGUAAUUGUGUUGUGUAGUGUUAUACUGUAACGUCUUAUGUAAAUGCCCCAGCUGUGAACGGAAGUGGGUCGGGUGUACCUGUAUGCAUGUGUAAAGCCAUAUAUUGGAUUUUAAAUGUUCUUGUUUUGAUUUCGAUCUGAACACAACCAAACCGCACAAUGCACACACAACGAACGACGUUACGGCUAUGCCUAUGGGCUUGCCUGGUCGCGAUAUGCUGGGCGGACCAGCCCGCCCCGUUGGCCGCGCUUGCUCAGAACCCUUGCUCCAGCAAGACUACCUGCAGCGACUGCAUACGAGCGGCCAGCUGUGCCUGGUGCUUCGCUCCCGGGUUCAACGGUCCUAGGUGCUUCAACCCUGCCUUGGAAGGAGGCACUGCGGGCUGUAAUGAAGCAUAUAUCUUCAACCCCGACAACGAGCUCUCAAUAGAUCAAACUUACAAUAAAGAACUUAGUAGAACGCGCUCCCGCUCGGGUUCAAGUUCGGGCUCCUACGGCGAGUCCGGUUCGUACGGAGCCGCCGGUAGCGCCGGCGGCGCCAUGUCCACGGCGGGCUCUGGCGAGAACCUCGUGCAGAUCAAACCGCAGAGGGUCAACCUGCAAUUACGACAGAAUCAAAUGCAGAAGUUAUCCUUCGCUUACUCCCGUGCCCAAGACUACCCACUGGACCUGUACUACCUUAUGGACCUCAGUCGUUCCAUGAAGAACGACCAGGAAAAGCUAGCUGCCCUCGGCAAUUUGCUCUCCGCGACCAUGAAAAAUAUCACAUCCAACUUCAGAAUCGGCUUCGGCUCGUUUGUGGACAAAGUUGUCAUGCCUUAUGUUUCUACUGUUGAGAAAAAUUUGAGAGCGCCUUGCGAAGGCUGUGCGGCACCUUAUGGCUUUAAGAAUCAAAUGUCACUUAGCACUGAUACCGCUUAUUUUGAUCAAGCUGUAUCGAAAGCCGACGUGUCCGGUAACCUGGACGCGCCAGAAGGCGGGUUCGACGCCAUCAUGCAAGCCAUGGUGUGCAAGGAGCAGAUCGGCUGGCGCCAGAAGGCCAACAGGCUGCUAGUCUUUUCCACUGACGCCGGGUUCCACUACGCUGGAGACGGCAAGCUUGGCGGCAUUGUUCAACCCAACGACGGCGAAUGCCACAUGGAAAACAACCUGUACACCUACUCUACUGUACAAGACUACCCCAGUAUAUCACAGAUCAACCAAAAGGCAAAGGACCACUCGAUCAACGUGAUAUUCGCGGUGACGUCGGAGCAGAUCGGCGUGUACGAGGAGCUCAGCAAGCACAUCCAGGGCUCCAGCAGCGGCGUGCUCACCGAGAACUCUGACAACGUCGUCGACCUGGUGCGCGAGCAGUACAACAAAAUCACUUCGGCGGUCGAAAUUACGGACACAUCGAGUGACGCCAUCCAAAUCACGUAUUACUCAUCCUGCCUUGACAAAACCAACGUAAUUCAGACGAAUAAGUGUGACGGAUUAAGGGUGGGCGACGUGGUGGAGUUCACGGCUGAAAUCACUCUGAAGGAGUGUCCGAAAGACCCGAGCAAGUGGAAGCAGACAUUCGUCAUCUACCCCGGAGUCAUCUCUGAGGGUCUCACCGUGGAGCUGGAAAUGCAAUGCGACUGCCCGUGCGAACAUCGCGGACAUCAUGCGUACGACGACAGCCUGGACGUGUGCAGCGGCAACGGCAUCUCGGCGUGCGGCGUGUGCCUGUGCCAGCCCGGGCGCUUCGGCAAGAACUGCGAGUGCUCGGCGCAGGGCGGCGGCUCCGCCGACCAGGACCGCGGCUGCCGGCCCAGCAACGCCAGCUCCGGCGCCGUCUGCUCCGGCCGCGGCAACUGCAUCUGUGGCGUCUGCGAGUGCAACAAGAUGUCCGACCCUACCGAGGUGAUAACCGGUUCGUUCUGCGAGUGCGAGAACUUCUCAUGCGACCGCAACAAGGGGCUGCUGUGCUCGGGGCCGGAGCACGGCGACUGCGUGUGCGGCAAGUGCCAGUGCAAGCCCGGCUACACCGGCGCCGCCUGCGACUGCCUGCUCGACACCGCGCCUUGCAUCCCGCCAGGUGGCGGUGAUAUCUGCAGCGGCAACGGGCAGUGUGUGUGCGGCCAGUGCGUGUGCAAUGUGAACAGCGCGCAGCACUACUCCGGCAAAUACUGCGAUAAAUGCCCGACGUGUACCGGCCGCUGCGAGCAGUUCAAGGAGUGCGUGUUGUGCAAGGUGCACAACCGGGGCGCGGAGUGGAACGACCAGCACGUUUGCUACGAGUCCUGCAAGGACGCCGACGGCAUCAACCCCAAAGUCGAAAAGGGAAAACUGGAAGCGAACGAGUCCAGGAAUGAGCAUUUGUGCAGCUUCCAAGACGAAGAAGACGACUGCCUGUACGUGUUCGUGUACUCGUACGACGAGAACCAGGUCCUGUACAUCAGGGCCCAGGAGGAACGCGAGUGUCCCAAGAAGGUAUUCAUCCUGGGCAUCGUGCUGGGCGUGAUCGCGGCCAUCGUGCUGGUGGGGCUGGCGCUGCUGAUGCUGUGGAAGAUGGUCACCACCAUCCACGACCGCCGCGAGUUCGCGCGCUUCGAGAAGGAGCGGAUGAUGGCCAAGUGGGACACGGGAGAAAACCCCAUCUACAAGCAGGCGACAUCGACCUUCAAGAACCCGACGUACGCCGGCAAAUAAGGAUCUGUCAAAGCGUAAUAAGUGUAGCAAAAGUUUAAAUACUGUCACGAAAGUAGUCGUCUCAAAGUUGCGCCCAGAGUAGCGCACAAACGUAAAAUGACACCGAUAACUGACGGCCUAGUGCAGACAUUUCAAAUGAAAUUUUAAUCAUUUGACUUUUCUAGCAAACAUUUUUCAGUGAUCGCGGUAGGCCCUCUUCUCAUCCUUGAAUCUUAUUACAACCUCAUAUGGUCUUCUGGUGGUCACUUCAGCAUGUCUUCGUUUGUACUGGUCAGUAGUCAGUAUUUACUAUUGUAGAAUCUUUUAUAAAUUGAAAUUAUGUAGUCAGUAGACUGUUGAAAACUUAGUAUGAUGCCUUAAAUUGUGCCUUUGUCGGUAAUUUAUAAAAAAAUACAAUUAACGUGACUACUUUCGAAUUACAAUUGCCGUAAAGUGCUAAUUAUUUCGUAAAAUCUCAAAUAGAUCAUUAAAUAUAAUAAGUAAUAAUUUUAUACAUUGUGAAUCUUGUACAUUUUUUUAUUGCAAUAAUAUGAAUUUUCAAAGAGAAUAGUAAUCUAUUUCUCUACAUUUUUGUAGUACGCUUUUGUACUUAUUGUGCGAGUGUUUGUGUAUUGUACUUACGUAUAGUGUGAUAAAUAGGGGAAACGAAUCGAGUGCCUGGCCGAGUCUUUUAACUAUUCGAAAUUAUAGAGAAAAUAUAGCAAUAUUUCGAUUAAUGCGAAACUCGUAUGCGAAGCUACUUGUAAUUUUGUCUGUGCCUUUGAUAUUAAUUGGUUAAUUACCACAACUCUAAAAUUAAGUUUUUGAUUUAUCAAAUUCUUGAUAAAAUAAAUUUUAACGGAGUCAGACCAAGGUUACCCAUCAUCGAUUUUGAAAACAAAGACUUUGCUAGUAUUAUUUAAAUGUCUUAUUUCAUAUAAUUUUGAAUAACACUUUGUCUGACUUUAUAAUAACUAUAAUAAUAGUCCGGUGUAAGUUAACGUGUUGCAGAGUUAAUGAUGACAAGGUGAUGUUUUGUGUGUAACGUUUUGUGUCACGAAUAACUUCCAUGAAAUCUGUGCAUAUUCAAGAUAUGUUCACUGCCAAGAUAAUGUCAUCAUGUGCCUUUUAACGUGAGAAGUAACAAAUUGUGCCAUUACUAAUGCUAAACAUAGAAUAUUAACAGUUUUAUACACGGGGGUAAAUAUAAUGACGACACUGAAUCAAUACAAUUGCAGAGGAUGUGAGCUUUUCUUGUUAGAAGCAACACGUUUUCGAUACAAUCUGAAAUUCGGCACUAAAAUAUCCGAGGGCCGGUCUGUUGUGUAUUUUCUUUUAAUUUUAAUAAAUUUUGACCGAAGUAGCUGACAUCUAAUUCAUUGCCAAAGAUGUGAUUAUUAUUUAGCUUACAUUAUUUGCAAUUGUAAUAAAAAUGUGUUUGUUUACUUCUUUGAAUGAAACAGUACAGAAUAUAUAUUAUUUAUUGAAAUUAAUUAUAGUUGUAAGUGUAAUUACAUUUUAUUUUUGAAAUUAAGUUAUAAUAAGUUGUAUUGAUCGUGCCUUUAUAUUUUUUUUAUUAUGCAUUUAGAACACAGUCAUAGUUCUAUUGACCGGCAGUUAAAAGUUAAAACCAAUUAAUUCAUAAAAUAAGUAACAAGUAACCUCGAUCUGUUUAGAGGGAGCAGUAUGUAUAAAUAAAAUUUUGUCUAUAUUAAACUAUAGCUAAUAAAUAUUAACGCUAAUA